AUGUCAAAUUUAGAUUCAGACCGAACGGGAUUCGCAACCCUUUGCAGUCCUAAGGACGCUCUCGUAGACAUUGUGUUUGUACAUGGCCUGAGGGGGGAUAGGAAAGAGACGUGGACGGAAGGAACGACAUUAUGGCCCGAAAGCUUACUGCCAGAGAAAAUCCCACAAGCUCGGAUCCUGACUUUCGGUUACGACGCCGACAUCUACCAUUUCUGGUCAAUGCCCGCCUCGGCCAACACCAUCAAGAACCAUGCAGAUAGCCUGACGGCCGGCCUCAUCGGCCUCAGACACGAGGAGGAACAAACAGCUGCACGCCCGAUCAUAUUCGUGGCCCACAGCCUCGGUGGCCUAGUCUGCGCAGCGACGAAGCAGGCUCUAUCAAACGCGGAAGACUGCCUACAACAACCCCACACAAAGUCUAUAUCAGACUGUACAAGGCGCAUCGCCUUUCUUGGAACACCUCAUCAAGGUUCAAACAAAGCACAGUGGGCCGAAUCAGGAAAGAAUUUUCUCUCUCUCUUUUCGAGGAAAACCACUGGAGGCGUCCUCAAGGAAUUGGAGCAGGGUUCCGAUACGCUGGUGAAGCUUGGGGUUGCAUUUCCAACAUGGCUCUCCCAUCGUGCGGGAAAGCCGAAGACUAAGGUCGAGAUCGUUUGUUUCUUUGAAGAGCUCAGCUCAAGCGUUGGCGGCACAUCUAUUGGCAAGAUCGUACCUGAAGAAUCAGCCAGGUUGCUAGACUAUCCGACACUCUCAAUACACGCCGACCAUUGCGGCAUGUGCAAGUUCAGGGACGAAAAAGAUGGGAACUAUCGGACCGUAGCCGAGGUUCUGGCGAGGUGGGCAAAGGAAUUGAAGGAAGAGACCAAAGAGGAAGAGACUGAAACCUCUGGAGGAAUCGUCUCGAACAGCAAAUUCGGAGACAACAACCAAGGGCAACAGUUUGGAGUCUACGAGUCGAAAGGCUCAACGAACUUUGCCAGCGGUGGAACCUGGAACCAGGGCAAAGUCAACGAGCGCUUCGCGAUGGAGACGAACCUGCAUGCAUCCGGACAGCCGCAGCUUGAAGGAUUUCUAGAUGGAGUCUGA